UUUCUUGCUGGGAAGAAUGUUGAAAUUAUAAACAAGGAUGGCACACGGGAGAAGACUAAGGAGGUCCAUGAGCUGUCGAAGUUAGCAAAAGACAAAGUACAUGUUUCCACACUUUCAACCUCAACGACAGCUACUAGUUUAGCAGAAACUUUUAGUAGCGACAUUGACAACAAAGCACCCGGCCUUGUGCAGGAUACAAAAAAACUCCAAAAAGGGGUUCAUAUGUCCGGGCAAGUCUUUCAUAAACAAGGAAACAAGUUUGUGCAAUAUGGAUGGUCUGGCAUACCUCAGCCUUUACAGCCAAAGAAUAUAUCGACAUAUAUGGAUGAAUUUGAAUAUGGGUUUCCAUCAAAUGGCUUGUCAUCAGUUUCAACGAAAUGGUGGAUAGAUAGUAGCGGUGAAGAUUCAAGGAUGCUACAGGGACAAUCUAUGGAUAACAAUCUGGACAAAGAGGAAACCUCUCUGGCUUCAAAUGAAACCAAUUAUAAUUAUAUGAUGGAUGAAGAAACUGAGAGCAGCCUGGAGGAAAGGGCCAUUUUAAAUGAACCAUCUGCGUCGCUGUGCUUUCUACGUAAAAGAUCUGCAGAAUAUGGACAAGAGGCUCUUGAGGAUAGAAUCUCAAAACACUGCGAUUCUUCCAGGCUAACCAAGAGGCAAAGAUUACUGCUAUCCCAGGUUUUUAAUGCACCAUUGCCAGGUCAAUCGAAGGACACCCUAUCAAACUUGUAGAUCUCUCAAUUUUGAACCUCAUGAAUUCAUUCAUUAUGUACUGUUUUAGUAAUGGAGCUGUUCUUUACACCAUAAAAGCUCUGCAUAUUUUUUUAGUUCAGAUGCCACCUUAAUGGUCUUCUAAUUGAUAAUCUUAAUUAGUUAUUUCGUGCUUUUCAUUGGCCAGUUUGUAAUCAGAAUAGAAGUUCAGUCUUGAUGACAGUAAGGGAGUUUUAUCAAAUAUGGAGCGUUAAUCUGUCUGGUUAAUCGCAAA